CAAGAAUAGAACAAUAAGAAGUGGAGCAGUGCCCUGAUAUCAGCUGCUGUUUAUGCAGAUACUGCCUUUACAUCAUUACUUCUCUAAAGAAACCACAGUGGAAACGUGACUGACUGCCUUAAGUGUCCAGGACUGUAGAUGUCACACAUCCAGCAGAAUGAGUCGGAGGAAGAGGAGAAACAGUCGCAGGAGGAAGAGCUCCAGCAGCAGUAAACAAUGCAUCUCUCCAUAUAAUUUUCAGAGGCACACUAUGGUGGACACUGUGGAAGCUGCCGAGAAGGGAGAAACUGACUCCUUCUGUAAAGAGCAUGUACUGUCAGUGUCUGAAGACGAGAAGGAGACUGAGACUCCAACCACGGAGAAAGAAAUCAGAACACGGAGUUGUGAAGAUUUCUUCCUGGACAAAAAGAAAAAAUACAGACAAAAGCCAAACUCAGAACCAAUAGACAGAGGUCCAGGGUUAAAAAUCACACAUUCUGUGACCAUCGAUAACUUUGGACUGUCUUCUCCCAGAGUUGUGUUCGACCGAUGCCAUGAAGCAACGGUUAGUAGUGUGAUAGCAGUCACAACCACUGAGGUCAAAUGCAUGAGCCCAAAUAUGAAGCUUGAGAUCAAUGUCGUGACAUCAGAUGAUUCAAAUAUCAAGACCACCUUUAUUCUUCAAAACUGCAGAGACAAAAGGGAAGAGGCUCAUUUUAGAACUGAGAAUCAUCAAUCUCCAAAAAACACACACGUCUACUCAUGGAACCAACAUGGAGCAGGUUACAAACAAAACACCAGCGAGAAUAUUAGCUAUACGAUUAGCAUUGCAGAGCUGAAAGCAGAGUCAACACAUGAUUCAAAGAGUCAGAGCUCAUGGGAUGAUCCUGAAGAAAUGGCUUGCCGUAAAAGCUGCUGUAAAAAUAACUUCCGUUGGGGAAACACAGGUGGCCAGACGGACACUGAUUUCACACUGGUUGAUGGAUCUUCCUGUUGCUCAUCACCCUCUGAUUUCUGGCAACAUCAGAAACAGCGCUCACUGCCCAGCAGUCUCAGUAAUGAGGCAUUAUGGGAUAUCCCUCCCCUUGAUGAAUUUGCUGAUAAGAAGGCUAGUGCACUGGAUUUCCUUGCAGAAAAUGUUGCAUCUUGUCAGAUCAGUCCCAGAGAAAGAUUCGCUGACCACCACAACACUAACUGCACGCAGACAGCAUCUGAGGUUACCUUGUGCAAAGAGUUUACACGCCAGAAUACACUGGAUGGGGACAACAGGACAAAUGUGUCCAGGUGCUGUGAACGGCUAUUCGACUUGAGUCCUCAGGAACACUUAUUCAUGAAUCCCAGAGCUUCAAUAAACAGAUCUUCUUUCACUAAAAACUUCAUCGACAAUCACGAAAGGAAGACGCGCUUGCGCAACAACAGCAUCGCCAUCCUAGAAAGCAAAACUCAUCCUGCAGGCUACAUGGACAUUCCUCCCAAAAGACGAAAGACGUACCCGGGAUUGACAUAUCAAAUGAGUCAAGCCAGAGAGAGCAUUCCCUCAUACAGAGAGUCGUUUUCCUCGGGCACACUGUUUUUCACGCAGUCGCUUCCCUGUCAAGCAGACAGGAUGGGAAGAUUUUAUGUAGAAGACGAAAGACUUCGUCCACUUGGGAGCCGCAAAUCUUCCAGUAGCAGCAGCUAUAGACCAAGCUCAAGCUCUACAACCGGUCCCGACUCGUGUAUUCCCAAAUUCAAGGCUUACAGCUCAAUGAAAAACCCAUUCUAUCCAUCCAGGUCUGAUGAGAGUCCAGAAGAAAUCUUCUUUAGAGGUGAACAAUAUCAGGGGCCAUCGCAGCUAGACGAGAUGGAGCAACUGGGUUCAGAUGUCGCUGCAGGAAUGAUGAUCGAUGAUGGCACGGAUCAAGACAGCACCUCAGCGGGACAACCUGAGCUGAACGAAGUCAAUGAAAGUGGCUUUGACGAGGAGAUGGUGGAGCUGGAUGGGUCAAUUUCUCCAGGUGACACCAUGGAGAGCCAUCAAAGGGAGCUUCUUAUUCAUGUCAUCCCACCUUCACUGUGCAACUCUGAAGAAAAAAUCGAUGAAGGAUUGCCCAACAGUAUCAAGCAUCACACGUGGGACGGAGAUGAAACUGACGCUCCAAAGAAACGGAGAGGUUCGGUAAUGACAAUAAUCACUGGGGACUGUGAGCAGAGAUUUCUACAGGGCAACCAUGUCUUCUCAUUUGAUGAGGACGUAUCACAGGAACAUCAGAUAGAUGCUUUGAGCCCUGUGAUUGAGUCUCCUACCGGGUCUCCAAUAGAGGAUCUUGCCAGUAUCAGAGAAGCUGUGGAAGAGGUCGCGGACUACUCACAAGCACAAAAAACCACAACCUCUGCAAACACUAUGGACACACCUUCUCAACAGCCUGGAGAAGUGCAAACAAAUGAAUCCCUGGAGAAAAUAAGCACAGAUGUCUCUAGGACAACCAAAUUCUAUAACAAUGAUUCGUCUGAACGGCAAGGUGCUUCAAAAAGUGAGCAUUGA